UGACAGCGCGCGAGGCUCGUCAGUCCCGUCUCUUUGGCAACUUGGAGCAGAAGUUGCUUUGAGCUGUUUUCACGUCGCUUAUACGCGAGGUGUGGAAAAAAUGAGGAAAAGUAGUCUGGCACGUAGCUCGUCAAGCUUCAGAAGCAGUAGAAGCUCCAUCUCGGUCGGUGGCAGAAAGAGGAAUAAACCUGAGAGGAGCACCGAUCAAGCUCCCAGAAGAGCAGUCCGGGUGUUGGACGUUAACGGCAAUGACGUCACCCCUCUGCCGCUGCAUCGUGCAGAGCCAGGAGACGUGACGUCACAACCAGACAGACGCCUUCUGGAUGAACUCUUCACCGACUCAGGAUCAGACCACGUGAAGUCCUGUUCAAGCUUCUGUGGGACCUCUUGCAGCUCAUUUUUGGGCAGCAGCGGACUAUUUGACGUAGCGUCACUGACUAAAGACAGUGAGCAUAGUGUUCCUAAACUGGACACAUCAAUAAACCCUCCAAUUACAAGUGAGGUGCCGAGGAAAAGAGACAAUGUGAAACAACAUGUGACAGAAGAGAUGUUGGCUGAGGGAGUAGACAUCUGCCUCUCUGAAACAGAUACCAUUUCACCGCUGGACAUACCCAGCAUCUUUAUGUCAGAGGACGCUGAUGAUGCAGAAGCUUUCAACGAGAGAAACGUUAAAUAUGCUGAGCUUUGUAAGAACAGAUUGGACAACGAUAAGUAUGUGGAACGACCAAUGCAGACUUUCAAUGGAGCACUCAAAGACAAGCAGAUCCAGACUGACAAGAUGGCCGCGGUGGAUGAAGGGGCGAUUGCUUCUGUCUGGGACAUAUAUGACUCUUUCUGUAACCAAAAUAAAACCCCAAGUGGUGAGGAGGCUGUCUAUCCAGAGACUGCCAUGAACACCAGCAAAGGUCAAGAAAAGAGAGGACAGCAGAGCAGCAACUGCAGCUCAUUCAGCACAGCCAGCACUAUUUGCUCAAAGUUAGAAAUGGAAAUGUGUGAGGACAGUUUCAAUGCUGAUUACGUCCUGCAGCUGAUCAUGUCGUCAGAGUCAUUUCAAUACAGCUUGUUAGUGAUGGAGAGGAGCAUCGUGGCGAACAUAUUUCAAACCAUGCUGGCUGCUUACAGACAGCUGCCCACACUGGAAGACCCUGACAGCACAGUGAAGCCUGGGGCAGAGGAACGGAACGAGGACGGUGAGGAGAGCUCUUCAUCUCCAACUGUGGAACAUGUCUUGACUUUGAGCUGCAAGCUCACCAGAGGAUGCAACAUUACCAGCAUGGCCUGGAACAAGAAGAACCUGGAUAUCCUGGCAGUGGGCUACGGUGACUUUGAAUCAAGGAACCAGAAACCAAGUCUGAUCUGCUGCUGGUGCCUUAAUAACCCUACAUGGCCGGAGCGCGUCUUCCACUGUCACAGUUGUGUCAUAUCCCUGGAUUUCUCAGCCGACCACCCCAGCCAGCUGGCUGUAGGGAUGCACGAUGGCACUGUCGCCAUCUACGAUGUCAGUCAGUACAACGUCACAUGUAUCGCCGACAGCAGCGAUUGUUUCAAAAAGCACCUGAAACCAGUGUGGCAGGUCAACUGGAUCAAACCAGCGAUGACAUUAUCAGGGGAGGACAGGGAUGCUGUCGUCUCUGUGUCAGAAGAUGGCAGGAUGUCCAAGUGGUUCCACUGCAGCAAUCGUUUUGACUGCUCAGACCUGAUGAAGCUUGGGAAGAAAUAUGCCAAAAUAAAGAAGACAAAACAGGUUCUGCCAUUGGCGGUGACUUCUGUUUUUUGUGUUGACUUCCAUCCAACAGACUCCAACAUCUAUGUGGUCGGCACAUCGGAGGGGCCCAUCCACAAGGGCUGCGUCUCCAACAAUCUGAAUUUUCUGGACACUUAUCAACACUUUCGCCCCGUGAACCACAUCGAAUGGUCUCCAUUUAGUUCUGAUGUAUUCCUGAGCUGCUCCUCUGGCCGGAUCAUCCAUCUGUGGAGGAAGGACCUCUUCACCCCUCUGAUGAGCCUCACAUCCACCCAGAUGGCCGUGGAUGCCGUCAAGUGGUCGCCAAACUGGUCCACAAUAUUUGCAGCCCGUAAUGAAAAGCAGGUGGAGAUCUGGGACCUGAAUUCGAGCAUCAUACACCCAACCAUUGUGCACCAUGCUGCAGCUGGUGUGAAGGUGAAGUCCCUGCUGUUUACCAGAGGGACAGACUGUGUCCUGGUUGGAGACACUGACGGGCAAGUCACUGUCUACCGGAUCAAGAACCUCAGAGUGGGAGAAGACAAGCAGGUGGACAGUUUGGACGACAUCAUUAACUCUGCAGCUUCCAGCUAGAUUUAGAAACUGCAACUUGGAAACUCUAAAAAAAACUUUAAUCCAUUUGCCAUUCCAACAAUAUCAAACACUAUACUUGUAACACUAUCAAGGCUGGCCUUUUGUUUCAGAGCCGCUUUACGUUUGUGUUUUCUUAAUUCUGGUGCGUUAGUUUAAUUUAUACCAGUUGUUAAAAAUGUUGUAAAUUGAAAAAAAGUAUCUAUAAAGGCAUGAAAUAAAUCUUUCAUUCGA